GGGAGUUUCCGGUCUAUUCAGCCAGAUCAGGAGGAGACUGGAAUCUUCUGCACUUACUGUGUGGACUCUCCUGUACCUGCUGCUAAAUCCUGUCUGCACUGAGGCUUCUCUGUGUGAUAAUCACCUGAGAGUACACAGCAAGUCACCAGAACACGUCUUAUGUGAUCCCACCACUGUCCUGGGGAACAGGAAAUGCUCCGUCCAUAAGAAGGUCCUGGAGUAUUACUGCACUGAGGACGCUUCAUGUAUCUGUGUGUCUUGUCUGACUGUGGAACACAGAGGACACAAGGUGGAGUCACUGGAUGAGGCCUCUGAGAAGAAGAAGGAAAAACUAAGAGAUGUUUUGCAGAAACUGAGCACAAACAUAGCAGAUGCUGACAAAAUAGUCCAGAGUCUGCAGGAGCGCAGGAGAGAUAAUCAGGAAAAAGCAGAUGGUGUAACAGAGACAGUCACUGCCCUGUUUAGAGACAUCAGGAGACAGCUGGAAGACCUGGAGAAGAGAGUCCUGAGUGAGAUCUCCAGGCAGGAAGAGCGCGUUUCACUCUCAGUCUCUGAUCUGAUCCAGCAGCUGGAAAUAAAGAAGGACGAGCUGUCCGGGAAGAUGCGUCACAUUGAGGAGCUGUGUAACAUGUCUGAUCCAGUGACUGUCUUACAGGAACCAGACACAGGUGACUUGUGUGACACUGAGGACACAGAGAUAUAUGAUUACCAAGUCCAUGAUGUAGAUGAUCUUGAUGUGGAUGGUGUAGGUGAUCUUGAUGCUGGUCUUUUCUCAGGGAAACUAUACACAAUAUAUAAUAUAAUGAGGUAUAUACAUGUAUGCUUCUCUGUGAGAGAAGCUACAGACCUAGUACUGGAUUCCACCACAGCUGGUAAAUAUAUACAUAUAUCAGGUGAUGGGAAAACUGCAUCCCGGUCACAUAUAAACCAAAAUCAUCCAAAAACACCAGAGAGAUUUCAGUGUAAUCAGGUAAUAAGCACCAGGGGAUUCUCCACAGGGCGACAUUACUGGGAGGUGGAUGUCAGUAAGUCAGUGAUAUGGAGGGUGGGGAUGUGUUACCCCAGUAUAGACAGGAAGGGAGAUUCAUCAUACAUUGGAGGUAAUAACAAGUCCUGGUGUCUGUAUAGGUAUAAUAGUCAGUACUCCGUGAUACAUGACAGUAGUAUUAUCUGGUUACCUGACAAUAUCCCCUGUGACAGAGUGAGGGUAUAUCUGGAUUAUGAGGCAGGGCAGAUUUCCUUUUAUUCUCUGUGUGACCCCAUCAGACACCUACACACCUACACUGCCACCUUCACCGAGCCCCUCCAUGCUGCACUAUGCGUAGAGUGGGUGUGUAUGACUAUCUCUAGUGGAAAGGUAGGAGAUGGGGUCUGGGACUCUGGGAGGGAAGAUCUUAAGAAAUCUGCCCAGACACUUGAGACAUCACAGAAAGGGGAAUGUAAUUGAUAAAACACUUAACCAAUAGACUGAUACAGUGGGUGGAGCCGCAGUUGAACUCCUCCUCCUCUCUUGCACUUGCUGAUAGGUGAUU